UUACCCUCAUAAGGAGCCUAGAAUCAGUCAGUUCUGUUAUAGAUGUCUUGUUUUGUAAUUGUAGAUUUUUUUUUGUCAACAAAUUUUUACGGGUGUUUUUUAGUGACAAGGUGAUCCGAAGUUUUUUCAAGAAGUGACUAUAAUUCAGUUUGCGAUUUCACUUCCAAAAUAUAUCGGUACGUGAUAUAGUGCGAUUUUACCUUUGUUGGCACUUAUUAAACCUCAUUUAAUCAUCUCCUAGCUCUCUGUUAUCCAGAGUACGGGAGGAAGCUGAUGGUUCUGUACUUGCGCAGAGAGAUGUAUAUUUGAUCUUGAACUUAGUGACGAUGCAAACUUUUAAUCGUAUGUGAGCGAAAACUUCCUGACUUUGUCAUGUUUGCCUUUUAAUAUUUUUUUGUGUGAUUAUCCCCAAACCUACUGUUAAACGUGUUUGUGUUGUAUUACUCCUCGGUAGUGCCGUGAAGUAUCAUCAUGCAAUGACAUUGAUAGGCCUACUUUCACCUGAGAAGUGAAAACUGAAAUGGCGAGCCACAUAGAUGCUCGAUUGCGACUUUACUACGUUACAGUACCGAGAGAAAGCUCUGAGAAUGGGAUUGAUAACCCCUUCAGACCUGAUGGAGACCUAAGUAAAGAAGCAGAAUCUAUAGUUUGCCUCAUCAAAGAGGGAAAACCAAUAACUCCUACCAAAGGAGAACGUGAUGAUUCAGGGCUAGAAGAUUUAGUCCAGGAACCAACAAUGGAUGAAGUAGACAAAGCAAAAGAAGAACAGGUGGUGCCACAAGUGGCUAACAGUGUCACUUCUGCUAAGCCUGAUGUGAAUGGUGAUGCACCAAAAACUGCCAGUCCAUCGGAACCAGCCGUUGUAGAAGUUCAACACGGAAUUGUUGUACCACCGGCUGACUCGUCUCAAGUGGAGUCCGUUGUCAUAAAGAAAAAACCAAAAUGCAGAUGUUGUGUUAUUCAGUAAGAAAGAUGAGAGUGGAAUAUCCUAAAAUAUCCCAUUAUUUUAUUUUUGAAGGAUAUAUGCCUGGACCAAUCAUAAUACUCUCAAAAUGCGUUUCAUUAAAUGCUGCUUUAUAUUCUUUGGUUCUUCUGUUGGCUACUUCCGAGAGGAUCUUGAAAACUGUGCAUGAUUAUCUUGAGUUAAAACUAAUGGCUGUUUUAUUACAGCCAAGCAUCAUGUCUUGGUGUGUGCCUUGGUAAUGACUGAGAUGGAUUUGUUAGAAUACUGAAUGUUCCUUAGCAGCUACGAGUAUGGUGUUAUCGAGCAGAAUAAGUUGAUAUAAUAUUUCUAAGCUUCAGCUAUUAACUAGCAUCAGCCAAUUAGCAUGGUGUUUUAGGCCUACCACCUAGAAAGUUGUGAAAAAGCUACCCGACACAUCGAAAUCCAUCCAUAGGGUCUCAAACUGUCCAAUAUCGGUUUUGAUUAGUUCUGACUGAUGUUAAAAACAGCUGUACGUGUUUUCCAAGGAAUUGAAUUAGUUUGUUAAAAAUCAUGUGUAAACUGAAAGUAUAUUAGGUUAUGGUAUUUUAUUAUAACAAUUGUUGUAUAAAAGAAUAUACCCUGACCUGUGACAAUAUUGUUUAUGUUUUUUUGUUUGUUUUUUGAAUGAGAAUGUUUAUGAAACACUACUAUGUUGUUAUGUAAGCUACUGUUAGAGGGAAAAUGCUGAAACUACAAGGUUUUCUGCACAUUAGAGAUAAAGAAGUGUUUAUGUAUUAAAUUCAGGAUUAUUAUUAUGUGAAAUACAAGCAGAGAAAAAUAUAGAAUGCCAAAACUUGGACGUCCGUAACUUGCACCUCAAAGAAGCUAAAAAUGUUUAAAUAUGGGGUUAUACUCGAUAAAUUGGAUGUCUGGAAUAGCAGGUACUGUUUAGAGGUGUAAGUAAAAGUUACAGGUCAUAGAGAGGUACUCUGGUGUUAGCUAUAAGUGGAUGAUUCUGACCCUAUGGAUUGAUUCAGGAGUUUUAAUACUGCAGAAUGAUAUUAUAAGGUUCAAAGGCAAGAGAAUACAGUCAAAUAGUUUCUUAAACUUAAGUGUAUAUUUUGUCCACGCUUACAUUAAUUCACCGAUUAAGUGCAUAAAUAGUAGCUCAAACGUAACAAGUCUAGAAGUUGAUAAACUCAAUCGUGUUACUAUUGUUUUACAAAGCUAUCCCAUAGAUCUCAUUAAGAAUCUUAUUAGAUUCAUAUUGUAAUCAUUAUAGAUCAAGACACCUAUAAAGAACUACAGUCUAUCCAGUGUAAAAACAUUUCAUAUAAGUUUAAAAAGUUAUUGUUUAGUGAGAUACUUUAUACAGAGAGUAAUUGAUUCAAAAAUAAAAUAACAGCAGCUUUUAUAGCAGGAAAGUUGAUUUUAAUUUUUACAAUGUUUCGAUUCAUAGAAUCGGGUCAUCAACUGAAACUUUUAUUUGAUGAUGAUCCAGAAUUAUGGGAUUCAUAGUAUCGGGUCAUCAACUGAAACUUUUAACUGAUGAUGAUCCAGUAUUAUGGGAUUCAUAGUAUCGGGUCAUCAACUGAAACUUUUAUCUGAUGAUGAUGAUCCAGUAUUAUGGGAUUCAUAGUAUCGGGUCAUUAACUGAAACUUUUAACUAAUGAUGAUCCAGUAUUAUGGGAUUCAUAGUAUCGGGCCAUCAACUGAAAAUUUUAUCUGAUGAUGAUCCAGUAUUAUGAGAUUCAUAGUAUCGGGUCAUCAACUGAAACUUUUAACUGAUGAUGAUCCAGUAUUAUGGGUUGCAAUUAUUAAAAUCAACUUGUCUACUGUAAAGAUUUCUCCUAUUUGAUUUUUCAAAAAUUAUGUUAUAAAGAAAUGGUCUUCAAAAAGUAAUGUUCCACAAACAGUUAUGAUUUUUUUUUAAGAAUAAACUGACAUCUUAUAGGCAUAAAUGGUUCAAAGUUAGUAUAUAAUGUCAGCAUUUACUUAAAAGAUACAGAAUGCUCUAAAAUAAAGAAACUGAAUUACAUCUACACAGUAAUCGCUAUAUUUCUAUAUUGUGAGAUGCAAAGUUGGGUCUGUUCCACAGUCUGUCAAUUGGUUAUUCUUUAAGCAGCAAUCUCACAAUAUAAGAAAAUGUUUAAAUCUUUGUUAAUCACCAUAAAAAUUUCCAUUUUUAUAAUCCAACCAUAAAAUUAAUAUAACCCACAACAAAAGUGUAACACCCCUUCAGAAUUUCACUAUUAAAACUUACUUAAUACAAGUACAGGUACUGACCAUAAUCUUUGUUCUUCUAGUGUCUAGUUCUAUUGAAGUACAGUUAAACCUACAGUAAACUGACAAACUUAACAUUUGACUGUGUAGUGCUUAGUUUUACUAAAGUAUAGUUAGACCUAUAAUAAACUGACAAACUUAACAUUUGACUGUGUAGUGCUUAGUUUUACUAAAGUAUAGUUAGACCUAUAAUCGACUGACAAACAUUUAGCUAUAAGAUCUUACAACCUACAUACUCCUGAGCAUUACUUGGUAUGAUUAUUGAUACAAUUAUGAAGAACUGAUUGCAUUAUUUGGGUAUUUGGCCACAAGUUUGGAUUAUUUUGCUUUGAGCUAUAUUUCAUAUGAGUAUGGAAAGUAAUUAGUUGACUAGUUUUGUUAUAUUCAAUAAAAGUUCAAAAAUAAAUAUUACAAAUUGGUCAUUCUCCUUCAUUUCUUGUAGUUAACUUGAUCAUAUUGUGCUCAGUUUUCGAUGAUUUAUUAACAGUUGGAAGACAUUUAAUCUUUAACCUUUAGUGUAUGGAUGGGGGUUUCUCAGAAGUUUUUACAGUUUUUAUUUUCAUUCUAGACAACAUUUCUGUGUAAUAAUCGUUUGGAAUUUCAUCCUCUUAAAACGUUUACACGUUGUAUCUUCAGUUUUACAGUCAAUUACUGUAAACUAGUUUUAGAGACAUAUCCUUUAUAUCCUAUUUUUUUACACACUUUCUGGACCAUGGUUAUAACCACAUAGUUUCUAUCAUUAGUUUUUACUCUCUGCUUUUGUUUUUCCAGAUAACUUGUAGAAAACAUUUUUUUUGUGUUCAAAUGCAUCUUUAAAUGUCAGAUUUAAAGACUAAUUGGACAAAUACUUGUAACUUGUGUCAAUCUUAUUGUCAGUAACUUACCAAACAAAAGUUUACUUUCUUACUCGUAACUAGUGUUUCUCAACAUUCGUAUGCUGGACAACACUUUUAGCAUACUUCCAACUUAUGGUCAGUUUCUCUCAACAGGUGCUUACUGGGGAGUAGUUUUUCAUACAUUUUAAUGUUAUUACAGUGUAUGUCCAUCUCAUGGUCAGCUUUUCUAAAUAGACACUAUUUACUGGGUAGUGUUCUACAGAUUUUUAUUUAUCCUAUUGUCAGCUUUUCUUCACAAACACCAACUUGUCAAGUAAUUGAACAGUAACGUUUCCUUCCGGUCUCCUCUUUAGCUAAGAGUUGUAUAUUUCUAGUUUUAAAGUAAACACAUUGUAUCCGUAGUUCAAACUAUAGUGGUCUACAAGCAGUUUAGUCACUUGUACCAAAAAUGAAUUAUCAUUUUGCUACAAGACGUAAAUUAUUUAACAUCUUUUAGUUUUUUUCUAGAAAAUCAGACCUUCGUCUUAUUUAUUGUAUAGUAAUCAAAUGGUUAUUAAGGUAAGUUAGAAUGCUGUACGAACUGAAAGCUGUGAUAUUCUGGAGUUAUUAAUGUUGUAGUGACUGUACAGCACUGCAGUAUCAGUUGUAGUGCCAUGUUUUAAUAUACAGUAUGACACUGCUGUACCGUACCACAAUGUAAGGGAGGACCAUACACCGUCAUCUAUGAUGUGUAGAACAGUAUCGCGCUAUUGUGGAAUACGGCACAUAAUCGCAAUAUCCUAGAGCUGUUACGGUAUUACAUUGUGUUGAAGUAUUAUACUAUAUCUCACUAGUGCUGCAUGGUACGAUACUGUAUCGGAGCACUUUGUUUUAAUAUUGUAAAGUAACAUACUAUAUCCUAGAGCUGUUACGGUAUUACAUUAUGUUGAAGUAUUAUACUAUAUCUCACUAGUGCAGCAUAGUACGAUACUGUAUCGGAGCACUUUGUUUUAAUAUUGUAAAGUAACAUACUAUAUCUUAGAGCUGUUACGGUAUUACACUGUGUUGGAGUACUGUUACGGUAUCACAUUAUAUUGUAGUGCUGUAUACCACUGUUGGAGGGCAAUAAAUAGCACUAG